UAAAACGGAUCAUCUGGUCAGUGGUAAGUAUCAGUUCUUCGUCUGCRUCCAGUCGCAAUCAUUCAACGUAAAUCAAAUCGAUCAACUCACAAACAAAAUCGCCAUGCAAUUCCAAGUGACUUUCRCAGUGCUCGCCGCGGUCAUGUGCUUCGCCGCUGCCGCCCCCGCAACUGAAGAAAUCAAAUCAUCAUCGCCAUCGACGUCGGCCCAAUCGGCCGUUUCUGGCGCCGAUCGUAGCAAACGUUUCGUGGCCAUCGCUGCACCAUACGCCGCCGCACCUUACGUGGCKGCUGCACCUUACGUGGCCGCAGCGCCUUACGUGGCCGCUUCACCAUACACCGCCACCCCUUACGUGGCCGCCCCAUACGCCGCUGCCCCUUACGCAAUCGCUUCUCCACACGCCGCUCCAUACGUCUCGUCGUACACCACUUACCCGUACGUAGCCAAGACCUUGGCUUCUCCGUACACUUACUACCCAUGAACGGCCGCUUUCACUCGUGACUACCCUCWGCUAUAUUCGGAUAGAAGUACGACACGUAAUGUGAUGGACUGUACAUAUCGAAUAACUUCCCAAUGAAAUAACUUUAUGAAAAAAUAAAAACUGAUUAACCCUGAUUGGAAUGUAUUCAAACAUAUACCUAUGAAACUAUGUCUUAUUGAAUUGUAAAUAAAAAUKAWAUAUUUUCAAAUCA